AUGCAGAUCAAGAACCUCGCCCUCUUCGCCGCCACGGCCGCUGCUCUCCCCGCCGCUUCCACGGACGAGUUGAUCCACAACAACGAUGCGUUCAACCUGAUCGCCAUCAAGUCUGGCAGCGGCGUGCAGAACUCGGGCAUCAAGGCCUCCGGCGGCUACUUCUACAUUGGCGCCGCAUCUCAGAAUGCCUCCUGCGACAGCACCGACGCAUCGAACACGGCGACCUUCUACCUGUCCAACGACAAUGCAUACCUGUACACCGCGUCCGCUCGCGCCCCGCAGCAAUUGUGGGUUGACAGGAGUGGAAUGGGUAAGUCUUACCUUAGCCAAGCAGAGUCCUCUCGGAACCCCGGUUUUUUUUUUUUUUCAAAGCUUCCUCUCCACAUGUACUGACUACUGUCUUCUUCACACAGGCAAAGGAAUCUGGGGCUACACGACAGGCGCGCAAGCCGCGGGCCGCAACAGCGAGCGCACCCCCUGGACCAUCAACGCGCAGAGCCAACUGCUCUUCGACGGCGCCAGCCCGGCCGCCUGCCCGCAGAAGACCCCAGCCGGCGUGGUCCUGCCCGGCGAGUGGUCCGUCUGGUGGGACAAGGCCAGCGACAACCCGGGCAACAACUACGGCGACUGCAUCGACAUUACGCUCAAGGCCGUCAAGGUCGACAAGCCCGUUGGCUGCCACUACACCGAGGCCUCAUAG